ACCCCCUCCUCCUCUUCUCAUGACCAUCACACACGCUAGCUCUCUUUCUCGCUUUCACCCGCUCCUCAAGAAGCUGAUCAUGGAGUACUCCAACGAUUGGGAUCUCCAGGCACUGGUCAGGAGCUGUGGCACGGCCGUCGCCGACUCGGAGCCGGAGCCGCCGGCGGCGCCGUCGACGACGCGGCGGGCUGAAGCCGAAACCGUCUUCGUUGGCCGUGCUGGUGGGGUGCCGGAGUUCGUUGGGCAACCGGUGAGGUCGUCGGCGGCAUCGUUUUACGACUUGGAGUACUUGGACCUGUACCACGAGCGGCCUCGGGCGCCGUUCUUGGUGACGGCGCCGUCGACGAGCCGCGAGCGUGGGGAGGGCGGCGAGCAUGAGGUGCUCAUCUCCUUCCCGGCGAUUGCCUCGACGUCCGGGCAGGGUAGGAAGCAGCCUGGCCGGAAACCGGGCGUUCGUACUGCCAGGCCCAAAAGAAGCAAGAAGAGCCAGCUGAAGAAAGUGGUGUGCGAGGUGCCGGUUGCCGACGGCGGCGUCUCCACCGACCUUUGGGCAUGGCGCAAGUAUGGCCAGAAACCUAUCAAGGGCUCGCCGUAUCCUCGGGGAUACUACAAGUGCAGUAGCCUCAAGGCGUGCAUGGCGAGGAAGAUGGUGGAGCGGUCGCCGGAGAAGCCCGGGGUGCUGGUCAUCACCUACAUCGCCGAGCACUGCCACGCCGUGCCCACGCAGCUCAACUCGCUGGCCGGCACCACGCGCAACAACAAGCCGGCGUCCCCUGACCAGCAGCAGCAGCAGCAGCCGUCUCCCGGCGGCGCGUCGACGGACGAGGCGGCGGCGGCGGCGGCCAAGACGGAGGACAGCGCCGACACUACGUGCUCCAUGGCGGACGACGAGAACGACCUCUGGGCGCCGGUGGAGAUGGAUAUGAACGAUUUCUUUGGCCCCUUCGACGAUGAUCUCGACCACUUUUUGGAUGACGACGCCGUUCUUGGACGCCGGCUGUCGCUCUAGUUGGUGGCCUGGAGCGCUAAUUGACUACACACAUGAACUGUCAUGUUCUUCUCUUCCAUUAUACAGUAUUGAGGAAGAAUGGAAGAUAGCUAGUAAGAUAUACACUGGUCAGGUCACACGUGUUGCCCGUAGAAUGAUCAAAAUCUAUGUUCUGUACUGUACAGCAUUUUUGCUCGGUUUUGCACGAUCUUUGCACUGAUGAUUUUUUAUAAGCUUGUGCUUAUUAUUAGGUGGUCGGUCAAGAUCUGUCACAUUUGAUACCUUCCGAAUUCGGAUGCCAGGAUAGCUAACAAUUGUAGGAGGUGUUCCCAAAAUAAAAGAAGGGCGCAACUAAGGAUCGGUCA